AGAAAUAUGAUAAGAUGUAUGGCAUCAACCAUAACAUAUGGUGUGCCAUGGCUGGAAAUUUAGUUGCUGUUGAGUCGUGUCUGAGGGUCACGCACAGGGAGUUUCGGAAAAAACUCAAUGGUGGAUAUAAGACUAUUACUGUGUGGGAUGUUGCAAAAAAUCUCCAUACUAAUCUGAAGAAGGUUCGAGGUUUUUCUCUGGAUGUUAUUUAUGUGAGCUUCUUGGUUGCCGGAUACGACGCUGAGGUUCCUAGAUUGUAUGAGGUCAACAGGGGUUGUUGCCAACCUCGUCAGUACGCAUGCAUUGGUUCUGGCGCAUCUUUUGCUCAAGAAUAUAUGACUGAAGUCCUAUAUAAUAAUGAAUUGCGAAAAAGAGAAGUUGAAGUUCAUCUUCUAAGAUCUGUAUGUCAAGCGGCACUAAAAGACAGAGGUACAGGGGGUCAAUCUAUAAAAGUCUAUUUUAUCAAAGCUAAUGGAGUGAAAGAGCUUUCCAAUGACAAUUUUGGAAACAUUCGUGACUCAUAUUUUCCUGGUGUAAAGUCGGCUGAAGAAAUAGUGACGAAGACCCAAUGGAAGAAUAACCGCUUUCCAGAACUCACCAUUCACCUAAAGAUGAUCGAGCCGAGAAUACAUGGAAGAAGAAUAAACAUUUUUCCAAGAUAUUUGAACUCUCUAGGAGGUUUAUUGGAACUGGUUUAAUCCUUUUUGUGUAGUUAGCGUUUCUCUAAGUUAAUAACCAGUUUAGUUCUUCAAAUAUGACAAAGCCUGGGAUCUGAAUGUGCUUAAUGCUUAGUUUGAUAAUGACACAGUA